AUGUCGUUAACCGAAAACAAUGACACAACUUCUCAAUACAAUACAACCGAGAGUCAGGAUAUCUAUUUAAAACUAAGUGAUAAAAAGACAUCAAAUAAGGUUAAUUUGCCAAAUUGUGGCCAAACCAGUGGUAUAUCCCCGAGGAUUGUUGGAGGCGUUAAAGUGGACAUAAAACAGUACCCAUGGAUGGUGUCGUUCCAGAAGCUAAGCCGAUCUACUUAUACCCACUUUUGCGGCGGUUCUGUCCUAAACCAACGAUGGCUAUUGUCUGCCGCCCACUGUUUUCAUGGGAGUAAGCAUUCAUUUAAUAAGAUCCGAGCGAUGGUCGGCGCAACCAAUUGGGAAAAGGGUGACGAAUAUGUGUACCAAUUGGAUAAAUUGUUCAUCCAUGAGCAGUUUAGUACGUUAACCUACGCCAAUGAUAUCGCUUUAGUUAAA